AUGGCGGAGGAAGCGUCUGCCAAGCGUCAUUGUGGCCAGACGUCCGACCAGAGCAGCAACCUCGACGUCGUUCACGUUCCCAGUCAGAAGCGCGAGUACACCAUAACCCUCAAAGGGGUUGAUCUCUGCGGCAAGGAGACACUGGAGGUCGUCUGCACCAGCGUACCAGACAAGGCCGACGAGAUGAUCGGUAGGAUCAGGAGGAGCGCCUGCGGCUCGUAUCCUCACAUCAUCGGCGUUGAUGUCGAGUUCACCAAAGAAGAUGAACCUCCGCAGAUGUCAGCAGUUCUGUAG